AUGGAGACCUUCUCCAAUAUUUUGGCCUCCUAUGAUCAAUUUGUAGCGAAUCCCUCGAUUCGGGAAAUUCGUGCGACAGAUCCUUUUUCUGCAUUUUAUUGUCGCGACUUCCUGAAUGCAACUUUUUUGAUAUCUUCUGCCUCAAAGCUUCUCGAGUUGCCCCAAGUUACGAUUGCCGUGGCGCAGGAUGUCACUAUGGGCGUGCUCCUGCUUGCUUCAAAGUUAACAGAAAAUAUCCGCCGUGUCCGUGAUAUUGUCAACACGACAUAUCUGGUCUCCUCAAUUUCAAUUCCUCCUAUCGGCCAGGAAGAGAAUGGUCAGCGCUCGGGUGUAUUAAAUGAUGCAGACACAUCUACAACGCAAAUGCCGCUACUCGCUUAUAUUGGUGCGGAUUAUUAUGAGUGGCGGGACAGGGCCACUUUCGCAGAGGCUGUCAUCCUUCGUGAGAUUGGGUUUAAGCUCGAGGUAAAUCUUCCCUACGGACUCCUCGUCAACUAUGCAAAGGUGUUGGAGAUUAUUCAUGAUGCAGCGCUGAUGUCCAAAGCGCUCGGAUAUAUCAAUGAUAGUUUCAGGACCCCGGCAAACAUCCUGUUCCAGCCAAACGUGAUCGCGUGUGCAUCGAUUCUUCUUGCAGCCCGUGACUUUGGAUGUGGGCUUCCAAAACACUGGCACGACCUCUUUGAUGCUGACGCACGCUCUAUUGAAUGCGCCUGCCGCGUCAUCCAAAACCUGUAUGUGGCUGUCGCCGACAACGUACGACCCCAUCAAUAG